AUGUCUCCCGAAACGACGGGUAUCAUCGAUUCCACGCGCGAGAACCGCAUCCCCAUCCCAAAGCCGCCGGCGCAGCAGCAGCCCCGAGGGGCUCCAGUCCAUCAAAUUCUUUCCCUACAGACUCCGGCGACCGUCCAGAGCGGUUCGCUCUGGCGGAACCCAUGUAUCGACGGCACACUGGCGGGCAACUAUCGAGUGGGACCGGACUACAAUGUCGAUUACUCCCCCCAAGAAUCGCAUCCGGGCGAGCAGAACCAGACUCAACACGCAUACGACACACAUCACCACCGAGGAAAUCCAAUGCAGCACGCCGGACACGGGAGUUUACAUGAACAGACGCAGUCGCAGUCCCAUCACGCCAUGUCGCAGCAUCAUCCCGCCCAUCACCACCAGAUUCUGAUGGACCCCGGACACCUAAGCGCCCACCCCGCCCGGCACCUCCAUCAGCCUUCCCACUAUGGCCCGGCCGCGUCUCCUCACGCCGUCGUCGGUCCGCCGCUGUAUCCGGCGAUGACUCCUACCCAGCCUCACAGCGCCGGGACGAAGCGUAGCCGGCCGGACGACCUCGACCUGUCCGUUCCUGGGAUGCCCGAACUCGAGCAAGGCGAACUCGACAAUAUGCAGCACCCGUCCAUGAGCGCCGCGUACGCGCAAGCUGCGGGAGCGGCUCCGACUCAUCACCACCACCGGUUACCGGACCAAGGGCCCCCUUCGAAGAUGAUGAGGCGUGACGGCGACGGUAGUAUGGGGGCCGCUGGGGGUGGCGCUCCAAGCGUGGUGGGCCAAGCGGGCAUGCCGCCCCCAGCACCGAGACCAAGGGGGCCGAAAUUGAAAUUCACACCGGAGGACGACGCACUGCUGAUCGACCUGAAGGAGAACAAAAGCUUGACGUGGAAGCAGAUCGCCGAUUUCUUCCCUGGUCGUUCGUCGGGCACUCUACAAGUCCGCUACUGUACGAAGCUCAAGGCGAAGACGACCCAGUGGACGGACGAGACAGACCAAAAGCUCAGAACGGCGCUCCAAGACUACGAGAACGAGAAAUGGCGUUUUGUGUCCAAUAAAGUUGGUCCCGGUUUCACCCCUCAAGCGUGCCGAGAGCGGGCCGCGCAACUACUCGGAGGAGAGGUCGGGGAGGUCGGAGAGGAAAACUUAUAGCAAUCAGCGUCCCCGCCAGGAGUGUCAGCUCCUGGGUCUGGGGACACCAUAUAUCCACAACAGCUUCAGAAGUGAGGAGCUAAUAACGAGGAACGAGCUACCGUCGCCGGCCUCGUAAAGCGGAGAGGGCAGCGAGGCGGAUACGGCGCGAGCACCGGGAGCCACGAGCUAGGAAUUGGCUUGUGGACA